GGGAGGAGCCCAAACCCUAGACCCCGCAGCCAAAGAUCCCACCGCUCCACCAGAGGCGAUCGAGGAGAGGACUCGAGACAACCCAACCCCGCCGCCGAGCUACAUCGAUCCAUCGAUGGCCCCGGACACGGAGACCACGCUUGCGAUCCGCGACGACGAACCCGCCGCCGCCGAGGUAGAUCGAUCGAUGGCCACGGACACGGAGUCGCCGACGCCGACGCCGGUGCCGACUCUUGCGAUCCGCGACGAGGAAGAACCCGCCGCCGCCGCCGGAGCCGGAGCCGGAGCCCAGGUCCUAGAGGAAAGAAGCGUCGCCGUCAUCCUGCAGGAGCUGCUCCAGCCCAGGGACCGGCGCGUCCAGGCUUCGGCCUUCUUCUUCGCCUGCGGAGGCUCCGUGGUGCUCCACGGGACCGUGGCCAACCUCGCGGACAACCCGGAGCAUGUCCUGCUCGGAUUCGGGCUGUUCACGGUCGGCGCGGCGCUCGCCUUCCUCACGCUCAGCGGCUCCGACCGCCUCGGGCGCGCUGCGGCUCGCGUGGAGGAAAAGCUCAGAGGAUUGUUCCGCUCGCCCGCUGGCUAGAUCCUGCAGCUAGCUAGUAGCGAAGCGAACCCUCGACGGUCCUUCUGUUUGAGUGUGCUAAUAGUUCUACUAGUGUGCCGGCGUGGGCUGAUGCUGGGCUCACCAUGUGGUUUAAUUUUGAGAAUGUGUGCUUUGAUUCUGUGUAUAUUACGAGAUAAGUGUGAUAGAUGUAGUGGUAACUAAAUAAUUAAAGUUCUCCUUAGGGUCGAUUGUAAUUCCAAUAUCCCCUUUGAAUAUAAUGUUUCCUUUC